AUGUUUUCGCAAUGUAAGAAUGUAUUAGAUAACCUUAAGGAAAAAUUUGCAAUCGUUUCGCUAGUGAAAGAAAAGCUAAAAGGAUGUCAUUCACGACCAGGAUUACUUUAUGCCAUUUUAUCGUGUUUUUUCUUCGCCACGUCCUCCGUUUUGGUUCAUAUUGUUGAUGAAAUACACGCCGUCCAAACAGUGUUUUUCAGAAGUUUUAUUCAACUCCUCUGUACCGUUCCUAUGUUGAUAUUUCAUGGCGUGAACCCCUUACCCAAUCGAGAAAAUGCCCGCGUGGCUGCCAUGUUGUUUCUUCGCGGAGUCGCCGGCUCUACAGCGCUUUGUUUUCAAUUUUACGCAUUACAACAUAUGCCACUAUCCGACGCAACUGUCAUCAUUUUCUCGUCGCCAAUCUUUACUGCAAUCCUCGCGUAUUGUUUUCUUGCCGAAAGAUGGAGCAAAGUAGACGCCGUAUCCGCGCUGCUGUGUUUUCUUGGUGUUGUAAUGAUUGCACAACCGGGCAGUAUUUUUGCGUCCAGCUUUCAAUCGAAACAGCAUUUCGUUUACUGCAUCGUGGCACUAACUGGCGCGGUUUUAACCUCUAUCAGCAUCAUUGCUCUGAAGAAACUGCAUUCUGUUCAUUACGUCAUAUCUUCAUUUUAUCUUGCCUUGGUUGGUGUCAUUGGAACUGGUUUGGUAUGUCUCAUUCCUGGGGUAUUUCGUCCAGUUAUCUGUGGUCAUCAGUUGUACAUUGUUCUUAUUGGAUUAUGUGCAGUAGGUAAGUCGAGUCAGUAUACAGGGUGUCUAAAAAUCUGACUCUUUAGAAAUCACCUUUUUGUUGUAAAACCUUGUAAACACUAAAACCUCUAGGAGUUUAGAAUGCAUUGUAAUCGUACGGGUAUCUUAAAACUGCAUAAAUUGUACAUGAAAAUUCUAAAAUCUCGGCUUUUUAAAUCCCAAGAACCGGCCUCGGAUCGCUUUGAGAUCGCUCUAAUUUAGAUCGACCUCAAUAAGACAAUAUGUGCUUAGUGUGAACGGCCCUUAUACAAGUUUUAGACCUAAUCAGGAAAAGCUGCGAAAAAUACAACUAUAGGCCCCCAGCAGGGAAAAAAACCCUUUGUUCCAUCUCCAAAAAAACCCCUAUGUUCCAUCUACGAGACAACUAUAACAAGACUUUUGGGCAUUUCACUCGAUAGAACUAAAUGUAGAUGGGCUUUUAGUCAGGGAUAGAUUGACGGGGGAGAGGUGCGCGUCCUGCCUAGGCUUGACAAAGGGGGUACAAGCAGGGUGCCAAUUUCCUUUUCAAAUCCAUUUUUUAUUUGGAAAGGCAAUAACCUUGCCUAAGUAUCCUUUCGCUUCUCUUUCGAGAAGCCUGUAGCUUCCUCCAAGUGCUUAUGCACAUGUUCAAUGGUAACCCACAAACAUGACCAAGGCUCAAUGAGAACCCCCCCACCCCACCAACACCUGCCAGAUCUGUUUUUAUAGUAGAGGGAAUCGUAGGGCUGCAGGUUUGAUUCGUGCCGUAGGGCAUAUUAAAGUUGUAUUUUUCGCAACUGCUCCGGUCAGGUCGGCUAAAAUGGUGCAUCAUUUCCGCUCAAAAUUUCCAUACUGCAAAUACCCAUUCUUAACAAUUAGGGGUAGACUAGGCCUGGUUUUACAGCGUGCUAUGAGCGCACCGGACCAAUGCUUAGCCAAUUAGUUCGGUCUUAGCAGGCUGUAUAAAUCACAUUGGUCGCAUGUUGAUUUAUACCAUAGCGCCGGCAACAAACCAAAUUACACUAAAUUGUAUAUAAUCUAUUUCGCCGCGUAACCAGGCUCUUUAGCUCUACCUUAAAAUUGGUUCGCUCCAAUGGUUCGCUCAGAUACGUCACGUGUACUGUAAAUCAGAAUGCGUUCUAUUAACGUGUCUGGCGUGCCAAUUUGAAAAUUGGUUCGCUGCGCUCAUAGCACGCUCUGUAAAUCAGGAGACCCUGUAUUUCUCUUUUGUUAGUAUUCUACGCAAUACAUUUUCUAAUUUAGUCCAUUUACUGUUUUCCAGGAGGUCAAUGCUUGUUAUGCAAAUCAUUGAGUACGGAGAAAGCAAGUACAGUUGCAUUAGUUCGUACUUUUGAUAUUGUGCUGGCCUUUGUAUUUCAGUUGAUGUUCUUUGAUCAUCAACCCAAUAUUUUUAGUAUUUCUGGUGCUAUACUUGUAUCCAUGUGUAACAUAGUGAUCCUAAGUACUGCUAGAUGUCCCUCAGAAACACAUGACGACCACAAACUUCCCAAAACCAAUUGA